AUGAGCAGCAGUGAAGGUCUCCACAGCCAAUGGCCAAUCAGAGCUCAGACACUAAUCCGCAGCAGCCUAAUUCUUGCCAUCCCUCUCUCUCUCUCCCCCACGUCACUGCUCAAUGAGAUACCCAGCAUCCCCACUGUGGCUCCCCAUCUGCAGGCAUACUCCCCCUGGAUUGUGUUGGAUACUAAUGAUCGAUUCCUGAGGAAGAUCACCAUAGGCCAGUCACCAACUGAAAAGGGACACAAAAGAGAGGCCCAGUUUGACAUCACGGUGGCGAGUGAAAUCAUGGCAGUGCUUGCCCUCACCAGCAGCCUGGAGGACAUGCGUCAGCGUCUGGCAAAGAUGGUGGUGGCCACCAGCCGCAGUGGACAGCCUAUCACCACAGAGGACCUGGGUGUGAGUGGUGCUCUAACUGUGCUGAUGAAAGAUGCAAUAAAGCCAAACCUGAUGCAGACUUUGGAGGGAACUCCUGUGUUUGUACAUGCGGGCCCCUUCGCCAACAUCGCCCACGGCAACUCCUCCAUCCUGGCUGAUAAAAUCGCUUUGAAGCUGGUUGGACCUGAGGGCUUUGUAGUGACUGAGGCUGGUUUUGGUGCUGACAUCGGCAUGGAGAAGUUCUUCAACAUCAAGUGCCGCUACUCAGGCCUGAGGCCACAAGUGGUGGUGUUAGUGGCGACUGUCCGAGCCCUGAAGAUGCAUGGAGGAGGAUCAAAAGUUACUGCUGGAAUGCCACUGCCAAAGGAAUAUGUUGAGGAGAACCUCGAGCUCCUGGAGAAGGGCUGCAGCAACAUGAGGAAGCAGAUAGAGAAUGCACAGCACUUUGGUGUGCCUGUGGUGGUCGCUGUCAAUGCUUUCAAGACAGACACUGAGGCUGAGCUGGACUUGGUCUGCAGCAUGGCCAAAACUGCCGGAGCGUUUGAUGCAGUGCGAUGCUCCCACUGGGCAGAGGGUGGAGCGGGGGCUGUGGCCCUGGGUCAGGCCGUCCAGAGAGCCUCCGUGGUCCCCAGCAACUUUAAAUUCCUUUAUGAUUUGGAGCUCCCUAUUGCUGACAAAAUUCGAACAAUUGCCCAGAAGAUCUACGGUGCAGAUGAUAUUGAGCUUCUCCCAGAGGCCCAACACAAGGUGGAGCUCUACACCAAACAGGGUUUCGGCAAUCUGCCAGUCUGCAUGGCGAAGACACACCUAUCGCUCUCACAUGAGCCUGAGAAGAAGGGUGUGCCCACGGGGUUCAUCCUGCCAAUCAGAGACAUCCGAGCCAGUGUGGGCGCCGGCUUUCUGUUCCCACUGGUUGGCACGAUGCCUACGAUCCCCGGUCUUCCCACCAGGCCUUGCUUCUAUGACAUUGAUCUGGAUCCUGAGACUGAACAGGUCAACGGACUCUUUUAAAGGAGGACUGUACGAUGGUAAUGAGUUAAAAACACAUAUUUACAUCUCAUACAUCUCUUGGGGGGUUGCUGAUCUCAGCAGUAUUUUGCUCUUUCUGUUUGCUUUAUUUCUCAGUGAAUAGACAUAGCCCAGCCCUCAACUGAGCCUUACCAAAAUGGGACGGACUAAUUACUGAAAGUGUCGCUAAUCUGCUAGUGUCUUUUUCUUUGUCAUUUCACUCAGACAAUGACAUCUGUAAAUAAUUGAUUUGCUUUUCCCAGAGGGUUGCUGAUGAAUUAAUCAAAAAAGUUGUCUGUGAUAGACAGGGUCUCAGAACUACCAAAAACUUAGUAGUGACACAUCUGGAUUCGAGCAUUAACCACCGUAUCCACUACAUCAGGGGCGUCUCCUUUAUCAUUUUUCUCUGUUUGACUGAUUUCAUUCCUAAUGCCUGUCGAGCGUCCUGUUUUGCUGUCCCAUAUUUGUAACUGAAUAUUUCUAAUACUGUCUAAUAUUGCUGGACCAAUCUGCACUGCUGUGAAAAUGAACUGUGGUAAAGUUGCAUUGCUGUCAGGAAAGAUCAAAUAAAGUCUUCUUGAUGUAAA